CCAGCUGCAGAUAAAACCAGUUAGACCUGAUACCACAGUAAAUAAAGGUUCCUUGAUUCUGAUGUUGAUUCUCCCAAAUUUGUUUUCCUUUUUCGUAUUGUUCCUUUCACUAAUCUGCCUCCCCUCUGCGCCUGUCUCUCUCUCUCUCUCUCUCUCUCUCUCUCUCUCACACACACACAUUGUGGUCAGAACUCCCAUAACUGAUCUCCACCAACUUUUAUCCACCCCCAUCACAAAUUUAACCCAAAACCUCCCUCUCUCCCUCUCUCUCUCAUUUGCUUGUUGUGUUGGAAGUUAAUUUCUCAGAAAUUAGCAAGUGGGAAUUCAACAUUAUAUUGUAUUCCUGGAAGCUAGGGUUCUAAUCUGGGGGAUGACUUCAUGGUGACAUGAUAUGCAUAACAUAUUUUAACUACCAUGAAUAAUUACUCCAUUUAUCUUCUUUUCAAAGUCACCAGAGCCAUCAUGCUUCUGCAUUUUCUUAUCUCUUCAAUUCCAGCCGCCUCUUGUUUUACUUCUCAUCUGCCUCAGCGUUUCACUCCUUCUCUUCGGGGAAUAUUAUUUGAGGAGAAAACCAGGCUAGGAUCCAAACCACCAAGCUGCCACAACAAGUGCAACGAGUGCCACCCAUGCAUGGCGGUUCAAGUGCCCACCAUGCCCAGCUACGACCGGCAGAUCGAACCGGGCAUGACCCGAACCAUGUCCAUGAUGUUCCUUGACCCAUCUCAUCCAGGUACCAACAAGUACUCCAAUUACAAGCCUCUGGGUUGGAAAUGCCACUGUGGUGACAACUUCUUCAAUCCCUAGAUAUAAUUCAAAGUUAAAUUAAUUAAUUGGAAAUUUUCAUGUCGAAAUUAAAGGAGAUGGGUUUGAUUUUAAUUUGUACACUCUGAGUUUUCUUCUUUUAGUUUGUGAUAUGUGAUUUUGUAAAUUUGCUUUAGAGGGUUCAUGGGAUUCUUUAGAA